AUGGCGGAUUCGACCCCCGCGCCGGAAACAACUGCCGCUGCCGACCCCAACCCUGUUUCCCACCAACCCGAAGCUGAUGCCCGACCCCUACAUCCGGAUCCAUCUUCCGCAACACUCCCCCAAUUUCCCAACCCUAACCCCAGUGGGCCUCCGCCGCCGUCAGUUUUAACUCCUCCUCAGCCCCCGAUCCAACCUUCCUUCCGCCCAGCCGCGCCGCCGGCUUCUGUCCCUCCCGGGGUUGGCACUCCGCAAUUCGCCCCUGUCACGUAUCAAGCACCUGGGGUCCCGCCACCGGGAGUGGUAAUGGGUUCGGCUCCCGCAGUUGGCCGCCGUAUGCUGUGCCGGGUCAGCCUAUGA